AUGCCCAACCCCAAAAACAGCAAAGGCGGCCGCAAAAACAGCAAAGGCGGCCGCAAAAACAAGCGCGCCGCGAACGCCGCGGCCGUCGCGGGCGCUGCAGCCGCAGGCGACGCUAGGAACGAAGCCCCUUGUGCCACGCCCCUGAUCUGCAGCUUCGGGAGGCCGGUGGACCUGGAGAAGGACGACUACCAGAAGGUGGUGUGUAACAACGAGCACUGCCCCUGCAGCACCUGGAUGCACCUACAGUGUUUCUAUGAGUGGGAGAGCAGCAUCCUGGUGCAGUUUAACUGCAUCGGCCGGGCUCGCAGCUGGAACGAGAAGCAGUGCCGCCAGAACAUGUGGACAAAGAAGGGCUACGACCUGGCCUUCCGUUUCUGCUCCUGUCGCUGUGGGCAGGGCCACUUGAAGAAGGAUACGGACUGGUACCAGGUGAAGCGCAUGCAGGACGAGAAAAAGAAGAAGUCUGGGUCACAGAAGAAUGCAGGGAGGCCCCCGGGGGAGGCUGUGGAGGAGACAAAAAAAGGCAGGCCCCCGAACAAGCCCCAGAAAGGCCUGAACCACGAUCUCCCCCGACGGCAUUCCAUGGACAGGCAGAACUCUCAGGAGAAAGCGGUGGGUGCCGUGGCCUACGUCGCCCGCUCCCCGUGCGGCUCCCCUGGCCAGUCCCCACCCACAGGCUACUCCAUCCUCUCCCCUGCCCACUUCAGUGGUCCCCGCUCCUCGAGAUACCUUGGGGAAUUCUUAAAGAACGCUAUCCAUCUGGAGCCUCACAAAAAGGCCAUGGCUGGCGGCCACGUGUUCAGAAACGCCCACUUCGAUUACAGUCCGGCGGGGUUGUCGGUUCACAGAGGGGCGCACUUUGAUGCACCUGUGCAGUUCCUGCGGCGGCUGGACCUCUCCGAGCUGCUUACUCCCAUCCCCCGGCAUAAGUUGAACACUUUCCACGUGCGGAUGGAAGAUGAUGCCCAAGUGGGCCAGGGCGAGGAUCUGCGCAAGUUCAUUCUUGCGGCCCUCAGUGCCAGCCACAGAAAUGUUGUAAACUGUGCUCUGUGCCACCGGGCGCUCCCGGUGUUCGAACAGUUCCCACUGUUCCCACUGGUGGACGGAACUCUGUUCUUAAGUCCAUCACGACACGAUGAGAUCGAAUACGAUGUUCCUUGUCACCUUCAAGGGAGACUCAUGCACCUGUAUGCGGUGUGCGUAGACUGCCUGGAAGGGGUUCACAAGAUCAUCUGCAUCAAGUGUAAGUCGCGCUGGGAUGGCAGCUGGCACCAGUUGGGCACCAUGUAUACCUAUGACAUACUGGCCGCCUCACCUUGCUGUCAGGCCCGCCUGAACUGUAAGCACUGUGGGAAGCCUGUGAUCGACGUGCGGAUUGGGAUGCAGUACUUCUCUGAGUACAGCAAUGUCCAGCAGUGUCCACACUGUGGGAACCUGGACUACCAUUUUGUGAAGCCAUUUUCCUCCUUUAAAGUUCUUGAAGCUUAUUGAUGAAAGCUUUGCUUAGUAAUAGCUAUUUUAUUGAUAUUGUUACUUUAUUACAUAUCUUUUAUAGGGAACCAUUCUGUGACAUUAAUUUCUUUUCUAAUUUAAAGGAGAGUUACUUUGUGUAUAUGUGCCACUAAAAGGGGACUGUCCCUUGCCCUGUCUUGAUUCCCAAGUGUUAGUCUGUGGUCAUGACCAGAUCUCAGAUGGGUGAUCCUAUGAGUUUGGGUAGGGGUUCACUCUCAUUAAGAGUCUCUGAUGCAGCUUUAAGGUGGUGGGGAGGAUGGCACAAAUUUAGGAAAGGAAUUGUGUGGUUAUAAACUAAAAGUGUGGUAGGAGUUGGGAGGAAACUCUUACUAAAAUGUUAACUUUCUAAAGACCCACUUUUAAAUCUUCCCUGGGCCUCGGGAAAAAUAUGUGACAAGUGAAUGUAAGUCUGUGCCUGGAGAGCUAAUAGUGUGUUAGUCUAUUUCAGCUUAGCGUUCUGCAGCACACAUUGACAUAAAGUUUACUUUGAGUGACAGAUGAUUUGAAAGUGGGUAGAAGUGCUGUUUCUAUCAUUUGUUGUAAUUUAAGUCAAAUUUUCAUACUGAAAAUAAUAUCCAAAUGAUAAGACAUAUGAAAGCUGUUGGUGUUGCAAAUAUUUUUAGGUAAGCUGACCUAGAGCAGAAUAUAUGACUUGAAUUUGAAAAUGAUGCAUGCUGACUCAAGAGGGCAAAAAGGCAGAACUCUGUCAUUUGAAUUGUGUUUUUGAAGUUGGUCAAAAUAGCUCUUAGGGAGAAGUCAUGAAUAACAUGAUUUGGGUGGUGGUAAUUUAUACAGGUUGCACUGUUGAAGUGCCACCUGGUGUCAGAUCCUUCUCCCAGGUAAAUCUCACAGCCCCAGAACCUAACUGGAGAGCUUCAGAGUCAAUCAUUACCAUACUU